AUGUGCAUUGCUCUGAAUAAUAAAACAGUCUUAGUAAUGGAUGUUCUUUGGAACCAAUCGCUGCAUAUUGAGCUCAGUGCUGAUACCUGCAAAUAUUUAAAUGUAAUUGUGCGAGCACGACCAUUAACUAUUAAAACAACAGAUGUCACUGUUUUACAAGAUAGCCAUGUUGAAAAGGAUGGUUCUCAAAUGCUGGGAUAUACAAGUAUUUACAUACCGCAGGUGCUGGACGACUGUCAGCUCACUCUGUCCAAUUGUCACCAAGAACUGUUCACUUUGCGACCGCCAUUUUGGACUGCAGCAAGGCGGCCAUUAACACGAAAAGCUGCUGAAGAGAGUCGUCGAGCUGGUUUUGAUGAGCGCCUUUGUUAUGGAGACAUUAUCUUAAGAUUUCGUUAUUUCCCUUCAGGCCUUCCAGCGGAUGUUCAGAACAGAUCGAAUGUGGAAAGCGCUGGAUGUGUAAAAGAUGUCACACAAAUUAACAGAAAGAACACUUUUGGAACAUCAUCGGAAACCAAACAUAAUUUCGAAACAAUAUUGCUGAGGGGUACAACUAUUUGUGCAGUUUGUCAGGGAAAAGUGUGGUUAAAAAUGGCUUCACAUUGUACAGGCUGUUUGCUAGUAUGUCAUAACAAAUGUUUACCUAAGGUUGAGACUUCUUGUUCUCGGCAUCCUCCCAUCGACGACUCAACAUAUGAGGUUAGCGUUUUAUCAGGACAUAGGUCUAAUCGAUUCAGAAUACGUGAGCCUGAGGAGCGAGUACUAUCUCGGCGACGUCGUAUUGCAGUUAAAGUAUCUGAAAGGCUUAGUUCUACAUGGAAAAGUGUCGGACGUAAGAGAGAAUCUUUCCAUCAAUUAAAGGAAAAGAAAGGAACGAUUGAGCAGGAAGCCCCAAUAAUUCAGAUCAGGACCGAUGACGUGAUACCAGUUGAGAAAGCAAUACCGGACGUCUUUUCAAUGUUGAAACUUUCGGAAAAUUUAAAUCAGAUGAUGUACCAGCCAGGAAAUGCAUAUAAUGAACAAAUGAUAAAUGCUGCCAAGAUGGAAAAAAUUCGAAAUAUUAUCCACCAGACAACUGUUGAACGCUUGAAUGUAAUGAAAAAUAUGAAAGAUGCUCAAAACCCUGGUUCUCUCAAUUUUGCAAUAUUGGAGGAUAGGCUGCAAGCUCUUGCUGUUCUCAUGCUACAUUACUGUGCAGCUUUACGGAAUUGUGUUGAUCUAGAAGAAAACUGUAAGUGUCAGUAUCAAAACGAAAAUUUAGCCGAUGCUGAACAAGAUAGUCCAAUCACCAAUGCCUUUUCCAGAGCUGAGGAAUCAGGAGGCAUUUCCGGCGAAUUCUAA